AUGAAGCAGUCCACCAUCGCCGCCUGGCUGAACAAUUACAACAACCUCAAGUCUAAUCCCGAAGCCCUAGAUUCCACCGACAUGUUGCUCGAAUUUCCCUACAAGCCCGGCGUUGACCUAAUUCGGAAUUGCGAUCUCCCGCCGCCGCAGAAGUUAUUCACGGCCUCCGACAAGGGGGCGAUGGCGGCUAGAGGUAGAGGUCGGGAAGAAGUGGAGACAGGGGGGAUGGAGGAGAAAUUGGAGCUGUUGAAGGCUCUGAGACUGUCGCAAACGAGGGCGAGAGAGGCGGAGAGAAAGGCGGCGAAAUUGAUGGAGGAAAGGGAUUGUAUAAGUAGGGCUUUUGAAGAUGAGGCGAGAUUGAUCUUCUGUUACCGACAGUCGCUGAAAUUGAUGGAGCUCAGAGUUUCCAAUAAUGUUGAUGAAGACCCAUUUGUUGUCAACACCUGA